AUGCAACUUCUUCACGACAGUUGGAUUAUUUUCAAGGAACUUAAGCUUGAAGACUGGAUUAACUAUGUCAUGGGGAUGCCAUCCGUGGCUAUCGGUUUAUUCGAAUCCUACCACAAGGAAAUGGGACUCUCCCUUUUCUCUUUACUGCAACAAUCACCUUGCGUUGUCGAGACAUUCCGGGAAGUGACAAAGAUCGUCAAACAAAUUGACCGUUUUCUAUAUUCCACACUCUCACACGCGCUCAUAGAAUUUGAAAACAAACGCCCUUAUCACAACUUGCCUAUGGAAGCUGGCGUUAUUGCUGGUCCUCUUAAGGUUUUGCUUGAUCAACCGGAUAGAUAUAUUAUUCGACGACUCAAAGUUCUUGAAGCCCGCUACACACGAUAUAAGAUUGGCCCCGAUAUAGCAAGAGGCCGCGCCUUUGAUGUCAGAACCGAUUUCUUCACGGCAGUGAGCGAACAAACAGCCGCCACCAUGGCUUGGAAGAUGACUCAAGAUGUGCUGAGAGUGUUUGAUAACCUUAACAUCAAUGAAAUAUUGCUCGAUGGCGACCAUCUACGCCACUUGGCCGAAAAGUGGGAUCAGUUAAGUCAUGACACGGAGGAGAUUGCAACCGCGGGAGGUCUGGACGGGAAGCUCCGAAAUAUUGCUAGGGAACUUUGCAAGUUGAGGAAUCAUUUCUGUCUGUGUGCCGUUUUGAAUGGAAUGGCGCAAGCACAACUUCAGGUGGAGAGCAACUUGACUGGUUUCACCGAUGCGCACGAGAAUUAUCGUCAAUAUCGGGCUCAGCUACAUACCGACCCUUCACUUCCGUUCAUAUACCCUUUCAUCAUCGAACUGAGAAGGGGACAUCAUGAAGUCUUGAAAAAGAUUUUCAGUUUCCUAUUGUACAACCAAUUUGUACGCGGGUUCCAGGAAGCUACCAUUGCUGACGAGACUGAUCUUUACGCAUCCUCGAACACUCUAUAUGCAAUGAGGUAA